AGCACGCUAAUGAGAUUUAGAUAACUGUGAUUUGACAUCGUAGGAUCGUGUAACUCAUAAGUUUAAUUGAUACGAUAAUCCCUUAUAAGCACAUCAAAAAGUUAUUGACGAGGGAAGAUUACCUUUUUGGGAUAGAUUGGUAUCUAACAAUUUAUUAAUUUCAUGUUGGUUUAAUAAAUUUUCAAUAAAAUCUAGAAAGGGGGGAAAACUUAUAGUGACGAAUUAUAAUUUUUUGUGACCAGAUACAUGAACAGCGACGACUACGAAGGAGGAUUCGGCCGGUCGGACAUCGAGGACCUAAUGAACAACAUCGAGACCAACUUCCCCAACUGGGCCCAGGCCUUCGCCGGGAUGGUCGUCGGCGGGGACCAGCCAUCCGCCGCCGUCGACAAGUUCGCCGGGUCCCUGCGGCGGAUCAGGCCGGAGGUGGCGCUGGCCGUCGCUAAAACUGUCUUUUACUGUGACUAUAGGGAGCUGUUGGGAAAGGUCUCGACUCCCACCACCAUCGUGCAAACGACACGUGACGUGGCAGUGCCGACGUCGGUGGCUUACUUUAUCCAGGAGAAGAUCAGGGGGAAAUCGACGGUGGAGAUCGUUGAUACUGACGGCCAUUUCCCUCAUCUGACCGCACCGAAUGAGUUGCUCGAUGUGCUUGGUGGAGUUCUUGGGUUUGAAGCUAAUUGACAAAAGGAUUGGAUCAGAAUGUUCAUUAUACAAUAAAGUUAUAUAUAUGUUAUGUUUAAUUAUACUAGCUAGCUGGGUUGUUUUUUUUUUUAAAGGUUUUGGGGUGUGUUUGGUUGGUUGUGUGUUCUGUUGUUAAUUACUUAUUAGGGUUUUUUUUUAUAAAUAGAGAGCAAGGUAUGGGUGAUGUAUUAGAUAAAUAAUGAUCCAUCCUAGGAGAUUGUUUGUAGAAUUACAUGGGUAAUUUGGGAUCACUUAAUUACCAUUGGAUUUUAGAGAGGGAGAUUGUGUUUGGUUUUGGAUUUGAUGUUGUGGGUUUGAUAUGUAGAAAUGUUUUCAUUCUCUGUCUAUAUAUGAGAUAAAGAGUGUGGGGGAUUCUAUGUAUGGAUUUUUUGUUGUUGUUUUCUUGUGUUUCUGUUUUUCUUUUAUGACUUUGUGGGGUAGUAAUGUCUUGGAAGAUGUUUGACAAUUCUCGAACAGCUUCGAGGGUUUCUUCUGUUCAUACGCAUGCACCUCAUUGCUGUAAUAAGGUUUUCAUCUUGUG